AUGGGAUCGUUAAAGUCAUUGUUUGAUCCCAUCAGCCUUCACAAAAAUGAGCAAUCGUUGCGAGGCGAGGAUCAUCCAACAUGUGCAUGGUCACACACUCUUAAGUUCGAGGAAUAUCAUAGACAGACUCUAUUUACAUGCUCCGUUAAUAACUACUUGCCUGAUGAUUGCCUAUCAGUGGUAAGCGUAUAUGAAGUUCCUUUGGAUACCAACGGAUUGCACCUUCUGUCGACUUACACUUUCAGUGCUGGAAAGGAGAAUAUAUACUCUAGUGCCUGGUGCUACGAUACAUAUGAGGCAAAAAUGGGAAGAAGUCCCUACAUGCUAGUUGUUGGAGGAGAUAACGGUUUCAUUUUUGUUAUCGAUACAGCGCGACAAAAGCUUGUUAAUCGACUAGUAGGACACGGCGGGGCCGUAAACGAAAUACGCACAUGUCCAACCAACUCGAAUCUGAUUGCAUCUUCUUCAAAGGAUAAAUCGAUUCGAAUUUGGCACAUUCGUAAUGAUGGAUGCUUAAUCGUUAUGGGUGGACCGGCAUCGCAUUUAGAUCAGAUUUUGUCACUGGACUGGCAUAGUUCUGGGAAAAAUAUAUUGUCAUGCGGGAUGGAUCACACUGUUCUGAAAUGGGAAUUAGCAGAAAAUCGCGAAAUGAAAAUUAUUCGAAACGCAGAAAAAAUGUUAUCAUGUGGCAAAAGAAAUAUUUUGGCUGUUCCACAUCAAGCUGUUGUACUUCAAAAUACCGCUCCAAUAGAUGAUACUCGGCACCCGGAUCCAAAAAAGAGAAAACCGAUUUUGGAGAAUGUAUUUGGUGCAAAUGAUGAAGAUAACAUGGCACUUAAAGAGACAAUUGAGAUAUUGGCGCGUCAUACUGAAGACGAUAUUUACUUACCUGUGUAUUCACCAGUAGCGAAAAAUUGUGACAUGCAUGCUGAUUACGUCGACUGUGUUCGCUAUUUUGGCAAAUCAGACUACAUUUUCUCAAAAGGAUGUGGAAAAGAAGCUGCAAUUGCGAUGUGGAGGUUUGGCACCCCCAAAAAUGUUGAUACGCUGCGUAGUUCAAUUCCUUCAUAUAAACCGGAAACGAGUUCAGUGAGGCUAAUGACAAAAAGUGUCCCGGAUGGGGAAACAUGGUUCAUAAAGUUUGACAUUGAUCCGCGAAAUGAGAACUCUUUCGCAAUGACUACCGGAGCUAACGACUUCUAUUAUUCUAGCAAAUACGAAGACGAUGAAUAUGAAUACCGUCAUGUUCACGUUACCAAGGAAGUCGCCAAAUUAAUUCCGACAAAUCGGUUGAUGUCAGAAACAGAAUGGAGAAGUUUGGGAAUUCAGCAGUCGCCGGGAUGGAUUCACUACAUGAUUCAUGGUCCAGAGCGCCACGUCCUCUUAUUCCGUCGUCCAUUGCCAAAAAAGAAAACUGACGGCGUUGUCGCUUCAUCGGGAAAUGCCGUCGGCGUGCGCUAA